CCUCUUUCUUGUGAAGAAAAAACAAAAAGGACCAACACUCUCCAAAAAUAACCCUAACCUUUUAAAAUUUAUCCCCAAAAACUCACAGUAAAAUCAGUUUGGGCGGGAGAACCUCUUCAUUUUCCGCUCGAAACCUCCAACUCUCUCUCCUCUCUUACCUUCACUUUCUCUCUCUUCAAUGGCGGACAUCCAUGACGAAAAUCAACAAUCAAUCAAUGUCGAAGAUUUCGACGAUUCAUCAUCGCUAUGUAAGCUUCGUCAGCGAUGGGAGCUCGCCUCUGUCCUCAAUUUUCUCAGCGUUUUUGAGUCGUUGAUAGGUAAAGAGUUGAAAAUGUCAGCGGAAGAAAUCGAGAAUGCUUUGAUAAAUCCAAAUGCUUCACUCGCUAAACUUCAUAUCGCUCUUCUUCAGGGUAUACGACCUGUUAACAAAAAGUUGUCUAAUCCUGAUGUUUGGGUGACAAUCCUUUGUAAGAAGCUCGCUGAUUGGUGGCCACAGGUUGCGGAAGGUGAAAUACCCCUGAUUGCAGAAAAAGGUUUCUUGUGCAGAGAAGAAGUAUCCAGAUACAAAGAACUAGAUCCAACUAUUCGUUUGUUGAUGUUAAAAGCAUUGUGUGAAGUCCGAAUAGAGCAACCUGAUCUGGUUUCUUAUAUCAAUGGUGCACUGAAGCAAGGGGACCAAAUCUCUAAUUUUCGUAAAGAUAAGAUUGGUCAAGACAGAAAUGGAAUUUCUUACUGGUAUGAUGGAAACUCAGUGAUUGGUCAUAGACUGUACAGAGAAGUAAACAAUGUCAAUUUGAAACAGAAGCAGAGGGGCAAGAACUGUCUAGAUUUGCAAGAAACCAAUCUCAAGUGGGAGACUCUUGCUACCAAUCUUGAGGAAUUUCGUAAAGUUUCGGAGAAAUUAUCAGCUUGCCAAGUUGGAGUUGAGGCAGCAGUGCAUGAGACUAUUGAAACUGAAGUAAUUCCUGUACUUGAAAAAGUGCAAAAAAACAAGGAGAGGAAUUUGAAGCGACGCCAGAGACAAGAAGCUUUUCUCAAUGGUUCUCACACCUAUGCAGCUGGAGUCACUCGUUCUUGCCGCACGCGCAGACCUGUGACAUACACAUUUGAUGAAUUUGACCGAACAAUUAAUGAGGCAAUAAAACAGACAAGGAAAAGGAAAGGUCGAGAGGUGGAAAGAAAUGACAUUAAGCAUAACAAAUGUGGGAAAAAAGGUGGUGAUGCCUCUGAUGAAGAUUUACAAAGAGAUGCUCGUUCUGAGGAAGAACCUCGUGCUUGUUCUGAGGAUGAGGAAAAUGACCAUCAAGGUGAAGGGAGUAACAAUGCUGAGAGUUAUGACCAACAGGGUGAAGGAGUUAACAAUGAUGAGAACACUGAGCAACAGGCUGAAGGGAUGAACAAUGAUGAGAAAAAUGACCAACAUGGAGAAGGUAGUGACAGCGAUGAGGAAUAUGAUCAAGAGGGUGAAGGCAGUGAAAACGAUGAAGAAGAUGAUCGACAGGGUGAAAUCAGUGAUUUUGACGAGGAUACUAAUUGUACUAACAAUGCUGACAAAAGUGAUAAUGAGAUAGCUAAUGAUAGUGAUUCAAGUGCUUUUGAGCUUAAAAAUGGCAAGCCUGAACGAAAUUGUAACACUGUGAAUGGUAAUAUUGCUACUGGCUUGCAGAUGAAAAAGAGUUCUGAUCGUAUUUCUCAUCGGAGUCUCCAGGAAGCCAGGAACCCAGAAGCAAAGAAUCGAUACAGGCAGAGGCCUACGCGAAACAGUGCCUUUGUUGUCCCUGAUUCAGAAGAUGGAAGCUCGUCCCAGAAUCUUAGUGGUGAUGCAUCAGGUGAGGGAGAUCCAUCAGUGGUUGCUGAUUCCGAGGAUGAAAUUAGCAGCUGAUACAGAAUAUUUUUUGAUUUCUCUGCGUUUUUGGUAUAAAGAGAAAUGUAGAUGAAAUAUGGGCUUGUAGAGGUGGCAUAGGUAAGUUUUUGGCCCUUUGUUUAUGUAUCUAAUCAUGUUUAGAAAAUGUUUUUAUUCUCCAGUCUGGCCUCUGACUGACGAGAGUACUGGAUACGCGAGAAUGUAUCAGUUACUAGAAAUGUUAGUGGUUUAAUUGACGUGCUACACACUAAUACAUCGCUUCGUUUUGGUACUAAUGCUGUAUAUAUGAAAGUCCAUGUCUUCAAAUUGAA